AUGGUUCGCGACAAUACAAACGACAAGGAGCAAAAAUAAUUAGUAGUCUCUGCUUUUGAGAGAUCUAGAGAUUUUUCCACUGACUGAAUAGAGCUUGAGAUUUUGUGUUAUUGAAAAGUUAGCCAGGUAAAGAUGACUUCAACUUUUGGUGAAGCCCCUGAGACGGAAAGUGAAGAAGAAAUUGACACGGAAAACCCACAAAGUGAUAAGGUUAAGACUAAGAAGAAAAAAAUGCAUGAGUUAGUGAUGCCGGUGACAGCGAGUCCAUCCUCAGGUCGGAUCGUGGCUGGCGAGGCCCCUGAGUCGGACGACGAAAUUGAGGAGGUGGCUAGUAUCUCCAGUGCAGCCAGUGUCUCCUCUUUGGCUUCGGCAACAAGUUUAUCCAAUCUUCAGCAGCAGGUCACUGACGGAAAGAAGCAGAAGGAAGAGGUCAAAUACAAAAGCUUGCUUCACAAGAAACUCAGAGCGAAAAAUUCUCAAAUGUGGCGUGGAAUCAACGACCUUGCCCAUCUCAACAUCAACCAGGCAGCGCGAGACCUAAACUUUGCGGACCAGCAGCUGCUGAAGUCGCAAGGCGUUUUGCAGGACACGUCGGCGCAGCUUAGGAUCCUCGGCUCGAACCUGACACAGCUGAACGAGCUUCUAAACCUCAUCACGGCCUCGCCCUUUCUGCCCAACGUGCAAAUUCCUGAGCAGAACGAGUAGAGCGCUCUCUAGUCAAUGAGAUGGGAUCAUACUCAUAUUGUUUAAUCUAAUGCGGUUAAUACGUUUGAAUUAUUCAUUCCGAAUUGGCUGAUAAAUGUUUUUGGAACUGAAGCAACGGACCUAUGUGCAUUUUUACAUUGCAUAUUUUUGCUACAUAUAUGCGUAUUAUUUCUUUGAUAUUUUAAGGAGAUGUUAUAGCUACAUUGAUGUGUUAUUUUUUGCGAUUAAUAAAAGCCCUGCGUUGAUUGGCUACUAAA